AUGAAUCCAAUUGAUACUAACCAUAUCCUCAACAACAAUAACAAUCUAGAACUAUUUUCACAAUGUACUAGAAAAUUUUGUGGUCAAAUAUCUAAUACAAGUUUAUGUACAUCAUGUUCAUGGGGAUCAAAAGUAUUUUAUAAAUACAAUAAUCCAUAUAAUCAUAUAUGUGAAUUAUGUUUAACAUCAUUCACAUUAUAUAAUUGGUUAUAUAUUGGAUUUAUAAUGAUUUUACCUAUUAUAUUUUUAUUACAAAUUUUACCAAUAUUAUCAUUAACAAAAAUUGAUUUGAAACAUUUAGAACAAUCGACUACUACUACUACUACUGAUAGUAGUAUCAGUAGUAUUACUACUACUACUACUCAUCAAAUGAGUAUUACUCAAAAAUCAUGGUUAUUAUUUCUAUGUUGUAUUAUUAUUCAUUUAUUUACAAGUUUAAUCAUUAUAUUAUUAUAUCCUCCAUUAGGUAGUUUUACAUUAUAUCAUUGUCCUAUAGAUAAUAUUAAAGAAUUUUAUCCUAUUCUAUAUGCUGGAUCAGGAUGUAUAUCAGAAGUGAAUUAUCCAUUGACUUCAUUACCUAUUCUAUAUUAUAUCAUUAAUGUUAUCAUUAGUUUAUUGAUUUAUUCAUUAUUAAUUAUGAUUGUAUUUAAAGAUUAUCAUUGGUUUCAUUAUCUUUAUUGUAUAUUAUAUGCUUAUCCAAUAAUGUGUAUGAGUAUUAUUCUAUUUGGUGGCAUAUUAUAUUAUAUAUAUCCUUAUGUGAUAUUAUUCUAUAGUAUAUUUGAUUCAUUAUAUAGAUUUCCAUUAAUAUUUGAUUAUUGUAUAGAUAAUAUAGACGGUAUCCUACGUCCUAUAUGUAAUCCAUAUAAACUUAUUCAGACUAUUCUAUAUAAACCAGAACAAUAUCUACUUAUUAUAAUCAUGAAUUCAUUCUAUAUUGGAUAUGCUUUAUUUGCAUUAAAUAUAACCAUCUAUUAUUGGUAUAUAAGUUUAAUGAGUUUACCAUUUAUAUUUUAUAUGAUAACAUUACCAUUAACUCAUCCAUUUCAUUAUGAUGAUUGUCAACAAACAUUGAAUAGAAUGUGUCAUAUUUCAUUUUUGAAUAAUAAAGAAGAAGAAGAAGAAGAAACAAAGUGA